AUGGAUUAUUUGACAAACGAUCUUCAAGUGAUGGAAGUGGUAAACAAAGGUGAGAAUUACCAUCUUAAAAGUUACAAGAAACAACCUGACAUAGUUAUAAGAGCUGACUAUUUCUUCAACUUUAUUCAUAUGGAAAACGCUCAGCAACUAAAGUCAGGAUUCACUUUACUGAACAGCAAAGUUGGACCUAUCAUAUCAGGAAGCGGUUAUACAAAUGAAUUGUGCCAUCACCAGAUCUUUGCAACGAAGACAUCUCAAGAAAACCGUGCCCCAGAUAUAGAUCAAUUUUGGAAGUUGGACUGUAUUGACAUCCAAGAUCGAUCUGAUACACAAGAUGAUGAACAAGCACUGGAACAAUUUAAGAAGAGUAUCACUAAAUAA